UGAACUAUCCCAGUAUUACUUGCAAUUUAACUACUUGUAGCCAUGGUGGCCGAGAAGAAGGUCAUUGACGAAGUCUCCGGCUGGUUUCGGAUCUACGACGAUGGGUCCAUCGAUCGUAUGUGGACCGGGCCCCCUGAGGUAGGGUUCCUGGCCAAAUCUGUGCCCCCAUCAGACACAUUCAUCGAUGGGGUUGCAACCCGUGAUGUGAUCAUCAACAAUGGUUUGGGCCUCUCUUCUCGAAUCUAUAUACCCGAGAGGAAGCCCGAUGAUACCGCCAAGCUGCCCGUGCUCCUACACUUCCAUGGUGGAGGCUUCUGUAUUAGCCGAGCUGAUUGGUACAUGUACCACCAAAUCUACACUCGGUUAGUCAGCUCGGCUCGAGCCAUUUGCAUCUCAGCUGAGAUGCGGCUCGCGCCAGAGCAUCGGCUUCCAGCAGCAAUUGAUGAUUGCUACGAAGCCCUGCUCUGGCUCCGAGCCAUGGCUCGGGCUGAACUGCCUGAACCAUGGAUCGAACUUGGAGCCAGAGCAGAUUUCAACCGAGUCUUCCUUAUAGGAGACUCAGCCGGCGGCAACCUCGUUCACGAGGUAGCUGCCCGUGCAGGCUCUGAAGAAUGGAGCCCGCUACGAAUAGCCGGGGGUUUGUUAUUACACCCCGGCUUCGUCCGAGAAGAGCGGAGCAAGUCCGAGAUGGAGCUCCAGUCAGAGUCGACGUUCCUGACCAUCGAGAUGGUGGACAAGUUCUUGGCCAUGGCAUUGCCAAUUGGAAGCACUAAGGACCACCCAAUCACGUGUCCGAUGGGCCCUGAUGCACCCCAGCUCGGAGAUCUACGGCUGCCGCCGUUGCUCGUUGCAGUGGGCCAGAAAGAUCUGAUGCGGGACACGCAGUUGGAGUAUGUGGAGAAAAUGAAGAAAGCUGGCCAGGACGUUGAAUUGCUGCUCAGCCCGGGUUUGGGCCACUGCUUCUACCUCAACAAGAUUGCAAUCGAUUCGGAUCCUGAAACGGCUGCCCAAACGGAUAUCGUAAUCGCUACUGUUUCCGACUUCGUCGGGAGACACUGAAGGCCCACCCUGCACCCUGGGCGUAACGUAGCAACUAUUAGUUAGUGAUGGUCCUGUUAUUAGGUGUGACGGAAUUAGAAACGCUGCUUGCUCAUGUGAGAUUAGGAGUUUUCUUUGAGGGAAUGUUCGCAAACGUUGCAUACUUACAAGAGAUCCAGGCCAUUCAGCAUGUGGUUCCCACCUAUAAAAUUCCUUGGCCAAAAAGAUUUUAAGAACAGCGUAUUUCUCAGGUGGGCCACUUGCAUGUUGAAUCUGAACCUUUGGUUUUUUUUUC